AAAAUUAAAAGUUUGUAAAUAAACAUGUCAUUAGAUAACUGUAGAAGUAGAGAAAUAUCUUCCUCCAGAGGAAAGCAGCAAGCAAAUGAUUAUUUUAAAGGUAAAAUGAAGCGAGACAAAGCGUAUCAAACAAAGGUAGUUAUAAGACGGCUACCUCCUUUAAUGACAGAAGAUCAGUUUGUAGAACAGAUAUCGCCUAUUCCUGAACAUGAUUAUAUGUAUUUUGUGAAGGCAGACAUGAGUUUGGGAUCUCAUGGUUUCUCUCGAGCAUACAUUAAUUUCCUGAUACCUGAAGAUAUUUUCAUAUUUAAAGAUAAAUUUGAUGGUUAUGUGUUUCUGGAUAACAAGGGUAAUGAGUAUCCAGCUAUUGUUGAAUUUUCCCCAUUCCAAAAAAUUCCAAAGAAACGGAACAAAAAACGGGAUGCUAAAUGUGGAACAAUAGCAAACGAUCCAGACUACCUCAAAUUUUUAGAAGGUCUAAAAAAUCCUGACGACGUAACUCUUCCAUCUGCUGAAGCAUAUUUGGAAGAAAUUGAGUCUAGAGAAAAGGAACUGAAAGCCAAUAAUGGUGUUCCUAAGGCUACAACACCUCUUAUAGAAUAUUUAAAGGCAAGAAAAAUAGAGCAGCAGAAAAUUCGAGAAGAAAAACGUGAAGAGCGCAAAAGAAAAGAAAUAGAGAAGAAGCGUGUCAGAGAGGAGGAGAGGAGGAGGAGAAAAGCGGAAAAGGAUAAAGAAAGAGUUAAGGAAAAGUAUAAAGACAAGGAAAGUUUGUCUGAGAAAGAGACGGGAGAUGAUAUUGAAGAAUCACCGGUGUCAGAAAAUUUUAAGCAAUCCGAAACAGUAGUUCAGGUUCUGAAAAAUCCUGAAAGAGAAAGAGAUCAAAAAGAACAACCACCUCCUCCGAAGCAGAAAGACUGUUUUGUAUCAUCGAGGUUCAGUAAGGAUAAAGAUAGAGGACUCAAAAAGGAAUGGGAAAGGAUUCGACCCAAAGAAAGACAGAAAGUACCAGAGAGAGUUACAUACGUGCGAGAUAAGGACAGAAGUCGCAGGGAUAAGUCUGAUUAUAAAUUAUAUGUUAACAAAAAAUCAGAUUCUGAUAGCUCCGCUAGAAAGUCAAAAGAAGAUUUUAAGGAUAUUGAAUCAUCAGCCCAAGAAACGUCGGAAAGUUCCAAAGAAAAGAAAGUCCAUAACGAUGAUGAAGAGAAAGAAGCCAAAUCCACAAAGCCGUCUGCAUUUAGCCAGUGGUCUCCAAAAGACAAGAGAGACAAUAGUUGUCCUGGUAAUGUAGAAACAUUAGGAAAAACUAAGGAUGAAAUGCCUACUAAAAAAAUACAUCAAAACUCGUCAAAAAGUGUUGCAGGUGAGGAAAAUACGGAAACGAAUGAUAAAAGUGACAGCAGUAGCAUUGACUAUCGAGACCAAAGCAAAGAUCCAAGAGUUGAAAGGCGAAUUCGAAAUAAGGAUCGUCCUUCCCUUGAAAUAUACAGGCCUGGUAUGAGACGUUUCAGUGCUCAAAGAAGUAGUCCACAGAAAGAAAUCUCGACAUCUGCUAGUAAUUCCUCUAGUCCUAGUCCUACACCUCCGCUUACUGUUGGAGCAGUCAAAACCCAAAAUAAAGAGGAUAGUAAAAAUGCUAAUGCACAAAAUGCAUGAGUUUUUAUUGUUCAAAACAUCAUAGAAUGAACUAUUCAUGUACAUAUUGUAAAUAUAAAAUAAAGUUUUAUGGAAUAGCUUAAACUUUCUGUGUUUUAUACUAAACUUUUGUAUGAAACUACUUUGAAUUUAAUAUUCACUGACAUUUAUUUUCUUUAAAAUAGAGAUCAU